AUGAUAUACGCUGGGACAACAAUCGGACAUCAGACAGAUUGCCAGUGCGUGCCAGAGUCGACGAUUUCGCAAACGAAACGCGAAAUGGAGGAGUUUUUGCGUGGGAAUUUGUUGAAGUUACGAAAUUCGGCAAGAAAUUUGCGACAUUCUACUAAAGAAGAACUCUCCGAAACGCUGAUUUUCUCGCGACAUCGCGUUCUGAAAGAAAUCCGACGAGUGCACGAGUCGCUUUUAAAUGGGAAUUUCGUUGUUGGACCGAUUUCCGAAUUCUUUAACGAUUUGCGGAUGCAAGCGCUUGACGUCAAGCUCUCCUCAGCUGGCUCGUGGGAAUCGUUCCUUCACUCCCGGCUCUCCUCCCUCUUCUCCCAACUUUUCCCCUCGGUUUUCCUCUGCAUGUCCUUCUCGUUUUGUCCGCCAAGACACGAGCAUCACUAUGUGAAAUGUCUGCGAGAGCUCGCCAACGAUCUUCAAUCGAAACUGUUCAACGGUGGAAAGCUCAGCAAAGCCAUUAAGGAAACGGCCAACCAUUUCUCGAAAGUCGUCCAUUUGUUAAAAACCUUGUCCCAAAUCGAGUCGCUCAUCUCCGCCGAUUCGCUCGACUCGCGCAUCUCGCCCCACUGCGGGCAACGAAUGGCCGAGGUGACUCGGUGCCCGCCAUGUCACACAAAAGGCAUUAAAUAUUGUCGUGAAUCGUGUCUCGAUGGAGUCCACGGAUGCUUGGGGAAUCUGUCGGACGAGUGGAAUCGACACGUGCGAUCGGUGGCUUAUUAUAAACAGGCGCUGAGUGGAGAGUUCGUGGUGCUCGAAGACGCCCUGAUUGACUCAUUCGCUCACGCUGGUGACCAUUCAUUGCAUCAAGUGGCUCAAGAAAUCGUUAAAAGUUGUGGCCCACUAUCGCCUCACCAGCACACCCAACUGCAUUCCGGGAAGAACGCGAAGACAAAGUUCGACCCGCCAAGUGCUCUCUCGUCGAAAGCUUUUGAUCUGGCGAACAAGUUUCUUCUCUACGAGAACUUCUGGCUUCGCGAGGGGAGUCGAUUGUGCGGGGAAUGGUCGACGGAGGAGCGGUGCUGGAAUGGGAAACGAUUGGUUGGGACG